AUGGAAGUCGCGCAAAAGUUGCAUUUCGACGCAUGCGACAUUCAGGACGAGGAGCUGAAUAUCAGCUGUCGUACAAACAGCUCCGGUUGUGAUGUUGACGAUAUUUUAGAUUCUUCGGCCGAGGAUCUUGGAUGUUCACCCACACUUCAACCAAGAAAGUUAUCGUUUAGCAAUACGAUGGACUGUAGUGACAGUGAAAGUAACCAAUCUGUGCCAAUCAAUAAUAACAAAACUCCAGUCAGUAACGUGACAGGUACGUCAAGAAUUAGGAUUCCUCCCCGUGAAAACAUAUGUUCCCAAAAAAUAUCAAUGGCAUGUAGUCCACCUUACAAACGUGUUAGGGCUUUGCGUCUUUUUGAUUCACCAGCCACCCCAAAAACUUUGAUGGAAAAGAGUGCAAUGCAUACUCCAUUCCCUUCCAAGUGUACUAGACUAUUUUCAUUAGAUAAACCUAGACCUUGUAAUUACCAAAAUAAAUCUGACAAACCUGCUGCCAAUGUAAACCCUUUCACACCAAAUGGAAUGUUAAUAACUGCAAGGAAACGUACUAGAUCUAAACGUAGUCUCAAUGGUUCUCCUGACAUUCAAAUUCCGAAAUUCGAUCUUGCCGAUUCCGAAGAUUCGGAUAAUGAAAUAGAACAAGCAACAAAACGCGUGGCAUUGCAAGAUUCGAAUAUACCUAGAUAUCAUCAAGAGUUCCAUGAACUUGGUUUAAUUGGGACAGGUGAAUUUGGUUCAGUUUAUAAGUGCAUUAACAGAUUAGAUGGAUGCACUUAUGCUAUUAAGAAAAGUAUUAAACCUGUGGCUGGAAGUAUUAAUGAAAAGAAUGCCUUAAAUGAAGUAUAUGCACAUGCUGUACUUGGUAAACAUCAGCAUGUUGUGAGAUAUUAUUCCGCAUGGGCUGAAGAUAAUCACAUGAUUAUUCAGAAUGAAUAUUGUAAUGGAGGUAGUCUAGCAGAUGCAAUUGUCAACUUAGAGAAAGAGAAAAAGCAUUUUACCGAAGCGGAAAUGCGACAAUUGUUAUUGCAUGUUGCUGAGGGUUUAAGAUACAUUCACAGUAUGCAAUUAGUACAUAUGGAUAUAAAACCUGGAAAUAUUUUUAUUUCCAAAGAAAAAAGGUUACUCGCAGUCAAUUAUGAUUCAGCUGAUGAUGGUUUUGAUGAAGAGGAAACUAUAGAAGAAGAAAUUACAUACAAAAUAGGAGAUUUGGGACACGUUACGUGUGUCAAUAACCCGCAAGUUGAAGAAGGAGAUUGUAGAUAUCUGCCAACAGAGAUUUUACGCGAAGAUUUUAGUCAUUUACCAAAAGCUGAUAUUUUCGCGUUGGGGUUAACCGUUUACGAAGCAGGUGGUGGCGGUCCAUUACCUAAAAAUGGACCUGAAUGGCAUGAUAUUAGAAACGGGAAUUUAAAAGAAUUGCCACAGUAUAGUCGUGAUCUUAAUGAAUUACUGAAAUUAAUGAUCCAUCCAAAUCCCGAAAUGAGACCUUCGCCAGUAUGCCUUAUACAGCAUAGAGUAUUGUGCCCAUUUGGAAAUAAAACGAAAGCUCAACUUCGGCGGGAACUGAACGCGGAAAAGUUAAAAAAUGAAAUUUUAUCGAAACAGUUACAAGAAGCGGCUAAAUGUCUAAAAACAAUUGCCCCAAAUGUGGCGGCUAUUAAUAAUACAAUGAAUGCUGGAGGCUAUAAAUUAAGACCUACACCAACUAGAACUUCGUCUCGAGUAGUGGGUAAAAAAGUCAACAGAAGUAAUAGCACUACAAACUUUUGAAUGUUCUGUGUUAUAUUUGUGUCAGACUAAAGGAAAGGGGCGGUAAAGGUGCUUAAGGAAAAAAGAAUUUGUUUAAGUGCCUUGACAUUGUGAUAUGAAUUAACUCUAGUUUAUAGGUAAAACUAUGAUCAAUAUUUGAUAGUAUGAAAAUACAAUACUACACAGAGUGAAAUUGUACGAUAGC